GCUGUGGAUAGUUUUUUGUAUUACAUUUGUCCAAAUUUUGUCCAGAAGAUAAACAGAGAACUUGUUCGAGCAGUCCAUUCCAGCCUCUGGAGAGUAAAAUGUGUCAUCACAUCUCCUACCUCCAGGUUUUGUAGCCGUGACAUAUUCAACUUGUGAUAAUCAAGUUGCUGCCUUCUAUUAUUGGCAUGAUGGAAUUGGAAACUAAGAAGGAUAGUUUGGUUGGCACACCUGUUGUUGAUGAGGGCUCAUCUGUUCAGAUAAAAGUGCUGUUCUUUGCCAAAGCUCGAGAUAUAACCGGGUUGACUGAUUUGCCAUUGGAGGUUUCAUCUGGUAGUACUACACAGGAUUGUCUAAACAAGCUUAUCGCUAAGUUUCCUAACUUGGAAGAUAUCCGCGGGUGCAUCGUUCUUGCUCUGAACGAGGAAUACACAACCGAGUCUGCUGUUGUUAAGGACAAAGAUGAGUUGGCCAUUAUACCUCCCAUAAGUGGUGGGUGAAUAGUUGUUUCAUAUUCUUGUACAAGCACACCAAGAAUAAAACAACUUCCAUCUAAGUAAUGUUUAUUGGAGCAUGCAAUGGAGGCACUGCAAUCUGUAAUAUGUGAAGACGAGUCAUUUAUGCUCAUGGUUCAAUUUUAAUGCAGUUUGUUCAUUUAGAGGAUGUUGUGUACAAUCCACCCAUUGGUUUACGACAAAUUUACAAUUUCAGAUACUUUA